AUGGGAAAACGCAACUGCAAAUCGAAGUAUCGUCGUUCUCUUGGUCUCGAUUCACCAGAAUCCGGCACUGCAGUGUCACCUCGAAGUCGCGGCGAAGCCUCUGUUCCUCCGCCGGCUCACAUGACUUCGGGAUUGGUAAAUCGCGAUUCAGGUAGCUCCGAUCGUGUUCCGGUUCAUCGAUCUAUCUCCGCUCCGUCUCACGGUUCUUUUGAGGUAUCAGAUUCACCAGAUAACAUUCAUUCUCCGUAUCAUUUGCAUAGUUCCGAUCAUCCUGGCCUUAUUUUAGUCUCCGAUCCUCUUGAUGGUAACAACUACAGUGUUUGGUGUGUUGCUAUGACUACUAGUUUGGAAGCUAAGAAUAAGAUAGGUUUUCUAGAUGGAUCUAUUGCGAAGCCUGUUGAAUCUGAUCCGUAUCACAAAAUCUGGUGCCGUUGUAAUAGUAUGGUGAAGUCUUGGUUGAUGAAUAGUGUUUCUAAGAAGAUCUACACGAGCAUUCUCUACAUUAAGCAUGCUUCUGAUAUCUGGAAGGAUCUUCAUACUCGCUUUCAUAAGUCAAACCUACCUCGCCUCUACAAGCUUCGACAUCAGCUUCAAUCUCUCCAUCAAGGUAGCUUGGAUCUGUCUAGUUACCAUACUCAAACUCAAACAUUGUGGGAAGAAUUAUCCAACAUUCAAGUUACUCCCCACACUGUUGAAGAUUUACUUGCAGAAAAAGAGACAAAUCGUGUGAUUGACUUCUUGAUGGGACUUAAUGAGAGUUAUGAGAACAUUCGCAGCCGUAUAUUGAUGAAGAAGACCUUACCUACUCUAUCUGAGAUCUACAAUCUGUUGGAUCAAGAAGAUAGUCAGAAGAUGGUUAGGCCUGUUGCUACUGAUCUUACCUCUGCUGCAUUUCAAGUUUCUCAAUCUCAGUCUUCAGGAACUGGUGCUCCUUCUUAUCCAAGAAAAGACAGGCCAUACUGUACUUUCUGUGGUAAAGUAGGUCAUGUCAUUGACAAAUGCUACAAGAAGCAUGGAUAUCCCACUAGUUUCAAGCCAAAUCAGAGGAAUGAGAAAUCUUCUCUUGUUGCCAGUGUUGCUCUUGAAGAUUCUGCAUCUGCUACUGCUUCUGACAUGACUAGUGAUCUCUCUCCAGCUCAGAUUCAGGCAUUGAUGUCCUUCUUGGCCAGUAAGCUUCAGCCUCCUGACUCCACUCCCACACCAGAAGUUAAUUCUGUCUCAGUAUCUUCUGUGCCUUCUUCAACUUCCUCUGGUCCAAUAUCCGGAUCAUACUCGGGAAUUAAUGAUUGGAAAGGGUAGACAGGUGGCUAAUCUCUACUUCUUGGACAUUGCGUCUU